UUUGCCCCUCGGAGCGUUUUCGUGCAGACGGAAGGUGAGGAUGCAGAUGAAAGCGCGCUUAGUCGCAUCGUACAUUCACGAACGCGCCGGAAGAUGUACAUGGCCAAGUCUAUCAUAACUACGACGACCACUCGCCCGCUCCGCUGUCCAUGCUCUUCCGCUUCCGCCCACCAUUUGUAGGGCCGUCUCACCGGCCUAUACACCAUGUCUGGAGCCGCACCUGAGGUCGCGACGUUCGCUGCCGGUUGCUUGUGGGGCGUCGAGCACAUCUUCCUCAAGUGCUGCCCCAUUAGCCAAAAUAAGGGCGUCCUCGAGACCGCUGUUGGCUAUACAGGCGGAAGGGACGAUGCCAAGAACCCGACCUACCGCCAGGUAUGCUCCGGCACAACUGACCACGCUGAGGCUCUCUGCAUCGAGCAUCAUCAAGUACGACGAGCUCCAGAGUUCUUCUGCUGUACACACGACACCACGACGGAGAACUCGCAGGGCGCAGACGUCGGCACACAGUACCGCUCGGCCAUCUUCUACCACACGCCCGAGCAGAAGGAGAUCGCCGAGCGCGUCACGGCCGAGUUCCAGAAGAAGCACUUUGACCGCAAGGGCGAGAAGAUCGUGACUGACAUCGUAGCCGCGGGCACGUGGUAUGACGAUGAGGAGUACCACCAAGAGUAUCUGCACAAGAACCCGACGGGCUACCAGUGUCCGACACACCGCCUGCACCGGUAG